AUGCCCCAGACGCUGAGCACCUCCAACAUGGUCACCCCAGGCAAACUCAGCCCACUUCCCGAGGAGCCCACAGAUGGCAAGCAGGCCAGGCAGCCCCUCCUGGACGGAGCUCCAUCCUCAGCCUCCCUGGAAACCCUCAUCCAACACCUGGUACCCACAGCUGACUACUACCCAGAGAAAGCCUACAUCUUCACCUUCCUGUUGAGCUCUCGCCUCUUUAUCGAGCCCCAGGAGCUCCUUGCCCGGGUCUGCUACCUGUGCGUCGAGCAGCAGGAGCUGGACAAGCCAGUGCUGGACAAGGUGAGAGUUUGGCCCCAGCUGCUGCAGCUGUUGGCCGAGUGGGCAGACAUUCCGCGGGACUUCCUGGAGGACUCGGCCAUCGGGCACCUGAAGGACGUGGCGGGCCGCAUCGCCCCCUGUGACGAGCGCCAUGUCCAGGGCUGGGCUGGUGGUCAGUGCUCUGACCUGAGCAAGGACCUGCACAUCAGGGGCAGGAAAAGGGCUCUGCAGGAUGAACCAAAGAACAAGAGUGCCAGCCAAGAACAACAGAGGGCCCGGGCGGCUGAGCUGUCCAUCGGCGUGGCCUGCGAGCGAUGCAACGCCGGCAACUCCAGCUCUCUGGAGGCCGUCACCUCCGGCAUGAACAAGCCUGUCUCCAGGCUGAGGAAGACCUGGGCCAAAGCGAAGACAGCCAAGUUUUUCAUUCUCGAGCACCAGAUGGACCCAACGGGGAACUUCUGCAACCACAGGACAGCCCUGCGAGGGGCAGCCCCCCGCUUCCUGACCGCCCACAGCAGCAGGGAGAAGGCAGGUCACAGGCCUGCCCGCCCACAGAGCUCCUCCCUGCUCUAG